AUGGCUUCCGUAGAGUUGAACUGCAGCUUCCCGCCGAGCGAGCUGGCGUGGGACGCGCCCUACAACCUGACGGCGGAGGUGGAGGCGAGCCUCAUGAACUGCUCGUUCCACGAGCGCCUGGGCGGCAUCACGUGCUCGGAGGCGGACGCGCUGUGCCGCUGCGCCAGGGACCUGUACCUGUUGUACUGCUUCCAGGCGCCCGAGUACUACUCGCUGCUGUACCGCGUGGUGGGCACGCUGUUCCAAGGCGUGAUCCUGGUGAUCGGCGUGGUGGGCAACGCCAUGGUGGUGGUGGUGGUGGCCCGCAACCGCAACAUGGCCACGCCCACCAACUGCUACCUGGUGAGCCUGGCCGUGGCCGACUGCGCCGUGCUGGUGGCCGCCGUGCCGCAGGAGAUCGUCAGCUACUUCCUGAUCGGCAACCACUGGAUCUGGGGGCGCGGCGGCUGCGCCAUCCUCGUCUUCCUGCAGAACCUGGGCAUUAACGCCAGCUCGCUCAGCCUGACGGCGUUCACGGUGGAGCGCUAUAUCGCCAUCUGCCACCCGAUGAAGGCGCAGACGGUGUGCACGGUGGAGCGCGCCAAGAAGAUCACGCUGCUCGUGUGGCUGUUCGCCGUGUGCUACUGCACGCCCUGGCUCUUCCUGACGCAGGUGGUGCCCCUCCGCUAUGCCGUCGACUACCCGACGCAGGAGUGCACCUUCAAGCUGUCGCGCGACCAGUACCUCUACUACUACUUCACGGACAUCGUGGUGUUCUACGUGGUGCCGCUGCUGCUCUCCUGCGUCCUCUACUCGCUCAUCGCCCGCAUUCUGAUCGCGUCGCAGCUACCCAAGGGCCCCUCCGGCGACCGCCAUAUACAUCAAACACACAUACAACCCCCCUCCCCCCUUCCCCCCCAGGUGGUGAAGAUGCUGGUCGUGGUGGUGGCCAUCUUCGCGACCCUGUGGCUGCCGUACCGCACGCUGCUGGUCUAUAACUCGCUCCUCGCCAUGUUCGGGCAGCAGCCGUUUAAGGACCUGUGGUAUCUGCUCUUCGCCAAGACUUGCAUCUUCAUCAACAGCGCCAUCAACCCGAUCCUGUACAACGCUCUUUCGGUCAAGUUUCGUCGUUCGUUCAAGAAGAUGCUUUCGUGCGGUGAGUAA